UGGAGGUUGUUGGCAGCGCGAGAGGAGGCGGGUGAUGGCAGAGAGGGGCAAUGGGCCGUGCGGCUCACCGUGAAUGUGGGAGUCUGUCUCUAGAGAGACACUAACUCCUUGUUGCCAUGACAACGGGUGGCUGUUGUCAUCUUCCAGGGUCUCUCUGUGACUGUUCUGGCAGCGCAACCUUUUCUAAGACUGUAGCAUCAACUGAUGUAGGUCGGCCUCAGUACAUCACCCAAGUUACAGCAAAGAAUGGCCGCUUGCUCUCAACUGUUAUUAAGGCUCUAAGCACUCAGAAUGAUGGACCAAUUUGCCGGAUAUGUCAUGAGGGUAACAACCUGGAGAGCUUGCUGUCACCGUGUGAUUGCACUGGGACACUUGGAGCAGUGCACAAAACCUGCCUGGAGCGCUGGCUCUCGUCUUCCAACACCAGCUAUUGUGAGCUGUGUCACACCGAGUUUGUAGUUGAGCGAAGGCCUAGACCUUUGAGAGAGUGGAUCAGAGAUCCAGGACCUAGGAAUGAGAAGAGGACAUUAUUUUGUGAUAUGGUUUGCUUUCUAUUCAUCACUCCCUUAGCAGCGAUCUCUGGCUGGCUGUGCCUGCGUGGGGCCCAGGAUCACCUACAAUUUAACAGCCGUCUGGAGGCUGUUGGACUUAUUGCACUUACUGUGGCACUUUUUACCAUCUAUGUCCUAUGGACACUGGUUUCAUUCCGCUAUCACUGCCAGCUCUACUCAGAAUGGCGAAGGACCAACCAGAAGGUGCGACUGAUGACUGUGGACCAUAAAAAUGCAACUUCGCAUUCCCUGCUGUCAUCCCAGCUGCUGAGGAAAAAUUCCAGUGAGACCAUUGUGUGAGACGUAGAUAUGAAGAACUACAUGGCAUAGACGAGUGUAAUCAUUUAUAAUUCAUACACUUUGCACUUGUCCCCGAAAAGCACUGUACAGAAGCAGCAGAGAAAUUGCUAGUUGGAAACAUUUUUUUCUUUUCUUUAAUGAAAUGUGCAUUGGGCAAUCUUCCUCAGGAGGUACAGUGUGUUACAUCCAAACCUGCACGUGCAGCCGUCACCCAAAUGCAAUUCCAAUUCUGGUGCGAUUGGUCAUUUCAUAUCACCCCUGCAGCCGAGCUGUUACCCUGCAGCACUUUUGAAUAUCGUUGCAGCCUAUGAGAUGGAAUCGCAGGCAGUUUCGAAUUUGACAAUCGGUUCUGCGCUGUUCUGUGCAAAUAACAGCAAAGACUAAGCAGAGUAUAUCUAAUUGUUACCCAGUUUAUAAUGCGAUAGCAAUUGGCCUUAGACACAAACGCAUCACUUCUGCAAUGCACCGUAAUCAGCUGUUGGGUAUUUUUAAUUGUAAUAAUGUAAAGAUGAAGAGAUGUGAUCUGAAAUCUUUACCGAAAAUUAUAUAAUAAGAAAAAGAAUCAACUGUUCAUGACUGCUCUUGUGGACCAGGAACCAACCGUGAGGACAAUGCUUUUGGUUAGUUUAUUCCCUUGUUGUUAAUCACUGCCUCUCCUUGGCACCAGUCAAAGUUCAUGUCUUUUAAAAUUACUUUUCUUUUAGUGACGUACACCAUGGGUCCAUCCUAUCGUGUAGAUCUAGGGGAACCUGGUUUUAAGGAUAUAAUGUCUGAGAUCCCGUUUUCAAUGUUGUAAGUGAAUAAUGUAAGAAUUCUAAUCAUCUGGAAGAGAAGAAAAAUAUUUGUACUUCAGUACAAAAUCAGUAUUGUUACUCUUGAUGUAUUUAUGCUGCACCUCUGGUGCUAAAUUGCUGUGAUUUUGAGGUUAAUUUGCCACCAAGUCUGCUGUAUAAAUGAGAGUUGGGGCAGCAUAAAUCAUGCUGAUGUCCUGCUCCGGAGAUUGCUUGUAGAUGGUGUUCUCAGGUGUGGUCCAGUUCCUCUGCAGGUUGUCAGGAAAUCCAGUGGAUGGCCCAGGAUUUGAUGUGUGCUGUGUGUGCACUCAACACUCUUGAUUCCCUGCGCAGAAAGCCAAUUGGUUUAAUUUUCUGGUCUUGGUUUGAUGUGAGUUAUAACUGUGGCUCUCUGCUCUCUGUGGGAGUGCCCAGAGACUCUCGCACACUGAGGUAUAACUGCAGUAACAAUUCAAUGAUAUGUAAUGCUUAAGUCACUUAAACUUUGAAAAAUACCCCUGAGGCACAAGCAAUUCUAGAAUUGGCCCUUUCACCUAUUUGUUUACGGAAAGCAUUGUGAACUGAAUCAAACAAGGGUAGUACCAGAGUGUUUAACACAAGUGGGAUGUCAGAGUGUAUAACACUACAUUAAUAAGCUGGUGACCAUAUCGCUGAUUCUUACACUUUGUCUGCUUGUGGUCCAUGUGUUUUCAAGGGUACAAAAACUCAAAGAAUUGCUUCACUUCUCAUCUUUGAUAGUAGCAGUCUGUGUUUCUCCUCUCUCUUUCUCCCCUCCCCCCGCCAAUCCAAGCAGCAGAUGGCUGUGUGGUUGGAACAGUUACGCUGAGGCAAUAUCAAAGGGCUUACAUUUUAUUUAUCACUUUUAUUUCAGUUUUUACAUGUAUUGCACUUUUAUUAUAAUCCAUUUUUCAUUAUUUAGUUGAUGCAAAACAAAUUUAAAAUGUGGAUUUUUUUUGAGGGAAGUUUGAGAGCUGGGUGAAUAGAUGUUUUAUAAAAUCAUCCAACUUCCUUCAUCAAAAUAAUGGCAACAACAGCUAAAGGCCUUGGAACAACCAAAGACUCUGUUUGUCCAUCCGAGCACUUAUUUGGUCAGACUGUGGGUGACCACUUAUCAUAGAAUCAUAGAAUUGUACAGCGCAGAAGGAAGUAAUUCGGUCCA